AUGGCGGCGCCUUCGUUGUCGGCCCUCGUCGCCGUCGGCGCCCGCGCCCGCGACGCGGCGUCCAACGGCGAUGCGAAAAACGGCACGCCCAUCGCCGACGACGACGUCGAGCGGUACCAGAUCCAGCCGUCGACGCGCCCCGCGGGGCCCGCCGCGGCCGUCGCGCCGGCGCCGCGGCCGACGCGCGGCGGCACGGGCUGCCUGCUCAUGGCGCCGCCGCCGCCGCGGCCGCGGCCGCCGAAGAAGGCCGUGCUCGAGGAGGAGGCCUACGUCGACGAGAUGCGGCGCAUCAUCGACCGCGACUACUUCCCCGGCUUAGCCGAGGGCGACGCGCUGCCGAUGACGCUCGACGCGUUCGCCGCGCGGCACACGUCCGAGGACAACGCGAGCUUCGAGGAGGCCCAGGAGCGGAGCCGGCUGGACCACAUCCGGAAAUACUGGUGGGCCUACGACGAGCGGUCGCUCUUAGAGGCGGGCGUCGAGGUGCCCGAUCCGACGGACCCGGGCCGGCACCUCCUGAGCGACGGCACGCGCCUCUCGGAGGCGCGGCGCCUCCUGGCGGACGCGGCGGCGGCGGCCGCGCCGAAGCGCGGCGACGAGCGGCGGAACGGCCUCGACUUCGCGCCGCACGAGGCGCGGCCCGCGCUCCUGUUCCCGCCGAGGUACGACGCGCCGCGCGAGACGGCGCUCGCGCUGGCCCGGGGCGCCGACAUCCGCGGCGGCAUCCAGCGCGCGAACACGCGCUACGCGCCGCCGCGCCGGCGCGGCCGCGGUAUUCCAGUGUUCGGAGAUUUGGCCAAGCCCGCCGGCGAC